UAAUAGUACCGUCAAGAUGCUCCAAGCAAGGGAUCAGCAGCAGUUAGGUGUCGAUCGAUUCGAUGAUUCCAUGCCACACGGGUUGUGCGGGGCGAGCCACGAUCGAGCGCGACUCGGUCCCGGUCGCUUCUGGAUCCACCCGCAUCGUUAUCGGCGUCUAAGACGAAGCCAGAAAAGUCUCGCUGUCGGCGAGCAGCCUGGGUCGGCUCACCGGGCCAGCGCCGCCCGUUCGAAAAAGCUCGUCUCCUUGUCGUCCGUGCUGCUGUUGAUAAUGCUGCUCGCCACGACGAGCCAGACCGUCCUGGCACGCCAGAACGCGCACCAGACCUGUCCGGGCUGUCCGCAUCAGCAGCACGCGCAUCUGCACCGUAGCAACGGCCGCGAGCCCGGCCCCAGCCCGGACGAUCUGCGCCUCGAGGCCAUCAAGCACCAGAUCCUGUCGAAGCUCGGGCUGAAAAAUCGGCCCGACGUCAAUCGCACGAUGGCCUCGGUGCCGAAACGCCUGGCGCUCGAGACGAUUUAUCGCGCCGAGGCGCAACAGACGGCCCAGCGAGCGCCCAAUCCCGAGGCCGAGAGGUAUCAGCAUCACGGCGGCAAUUACGACAGGAACCGAGCGAGCGCCGGUGGUGCCGGUGGCUCGUCCACCUCGAGCUUCGACGAAGAGUACGGAUUCGGCGGCGGUGGCGGCUACGACGAGUACACCUAUCGACACUCGAACAAUAUCGUGGCCAGUGCUGGUAGUGGUGCCGGUGGUGCUGGUGGCGGUUCCGCCGCUGCCGGUCCCGUUGACGCUGCGGACCCGAUGAUCGAUCGAGACAACGUGCCGCCCUUUCAGGACUACGAGGACAUGUACGCCGCGCCGCCGCCCCGCGAGACUGAAGUUAUGGACGAUUUUUACGCUAGGACCUCGGAGAUCAUCACUUUCGCCGAACCCGGGCGAACGUUGAACGGACAGCCGCUGCUGGAAUUCCCGUUGGCCAGCAGCAGCGAGCCAGCCUUCGAGCCGCUGAGCAUCAAGAAAGCCACGCUCUGGGCUAGAGUCGAGCUGAGGCACGCUCAUCAUUAUCAGCACCAUCGCAACGGCGUAAACAGCAAUAAUCAACGUAACAUUACUCUUUGGGUGUUCAGGGUUAGAUGCGGUAACGUAACCCAUUUGCGUGGCAAGGAUCUCGGUCAGCACUUGGAACUAGUUACGUCGCUCGCCGUCAACAUCGGCCAGCUGGGCUGGCAGAAAUUUGAUGUCACGCGGCCCGUGAGUAACUGGUAUCAAUCGCAUCAUCUCAGCGGCAUUGGCAGGGACAGGCGCAGCUCGAGUAGUAAAGACAAAAAACUGACGCUGCUGGUCGAUUGCACAGGAUGCGGCUCGCACGUGCACGUGUCCACCUUCGGAGGUCAUUCGCCUCACGUUGUAGAGCCGUCUUUAAAUAGCAAAAAAGGACGACGUCGUUUGUUUGCAGGCACGCAGGACCCGGACAGGCCAUUUCUCGUCGUGCGCACCGAUCCAGCGGCCGUCAAACGCGUCCGCAGACGGGCCAUCGAGUGCACCGGGGCCGUCAAGGGCCAAUGCUGCAAGCAGCGAUUCUACGUAAGCUUCUCGCAGCUUGGCUGGGAUGACUGGAUCAUUGCUCCACAGGGCUACUACGCGAAUUACUGCAGAGGUGACUGCGCAGCGGGUCACAGGACGCCCGAUACAUUUCCGAAUUACUACACACACGUGAUCGAGGAAUACCGUAAGAUGGACCGACUUGCGGGCAUGCAGCCUUGCUGCGCCCCACUCAAGUUCUCGCCGAUGUCGCUCAUCUACUACGGUCCGGACUCCAACAUAAUCAAGCGGGACCUGCCAAAGAUGAUCGUCGACGAGUGCGGCUGUCCAUAAACUGAUCGACAAAUCAUCAAAGCAUCAUCAUCAUCACAUCAUCAUUA